UCAUCGUUUUAAAAUAAAAAAGCAUCAUUCAACUCAUAUUUCCAUUUACUCCUCUUCCAUCUUUUCUUUCUGGAAAAUCUGCUUGUCUUAAUAACUAAAAUGGCAUACUCAAAGGUGAUUAUUGCUUUAAUGUUGGCGUUUGUAGCCGGAUCAGCUUUGGCACAAGCACCAGCAGCUUCUCCAAAGAGUUCUCCUGCCCCGGUGGCGACUCCUCCUUCUACUACUACAUCAACACCUGUUGACACUCCGGCAUCUUCUCCUUCCGGCGGUGCUUCUCCUCCAUCCAUCGCCGGCACUCCCGGGGGUUCUCCUACCGAAUCACCAAACUCUGCUUCCUUCAACAGAGUCGCCGUCGCCGGAUCUGCUGUUGUAGCUGUCUUUGCUGCUGCUUUCAUGCUUUAAAUCCCCGGUCUGUGAAAUAUUUUGCAUUUUCAUUCGCCGGGAUUUAUUUUCCACCUCUUUUUUGUUAAUUCUUUUUUACUUUGGCGGUAUGCGUAACCGCUGUUGAUUUAUUUGUAUUGAUGCAUGUUCUUAUUGUUGACGGGAUUCUUUGUUUAUUUAAUGGAGAGCACUACGAUUCUGAUU